AUGCUCGCGUUACAGCCUGGUCACAAAGAUUGUGGCUGCCGAGCAGAUAAACGACAAGAAACGGACGAAGAACGAACAGGCACCGAACAACACAAAGUAGCGCAAGGACCUAAUAAAGAGGUGGAUAGGGUGUGCCAGGCAUUUCACAAUAAAGAUCAUUUUGCACCUCGCCGGAAGAAUUUAACCACUCAUCCGCCUCUUUAUCAUGAGCAUCACAAGAAGAGACACAACUGGCCGAACUUAGAAGGACGGAUCAAUAAUGAUUCCAAACUUAUGUGGGAUCAACAUCAACAGCAAUGGACAUUCAUUUGGGUUUAUGAGAGCAAAGUAACCUCACACGAGAGCCAAGUGGAAGGUCUUCACAUCUGUUCUUUAGAUCCAGGUGUCCGCACAUUUAUGACUUGGUGA